UAUACACCAAUGUUGGUGUUCAUCCUAUGAUCCAAAUGUUGACGCAAGCAGUCAAAACAUGGCUCGAAAUUUGUUUUAUCGUGCUGCUAAUAUUGUCCAACUCAGCAGGUUUACACUUCUAGUUGGGUCAAAGUCACUUUGUACGCAAAUUCCAGCGGAGCCACUGACUGUCAGACAGCAAACCAAUGGAAUAAGGAGUAUAACCUUGAACAACCCGAAGAAGAGGAAUGCCCUGUCUCUGUCCAUGCUGGAAUCACUAAGAGGCAACAUCCUGGCUGACAUCGACAGCGACGACCUCAGAGUCAUCGUCAUAUCAGCUAAGGGUCCAGUGUUCUCCUCUGGGCAUGACCUGAAGGAGCUGACAUCAGCACAGGGCAGAGAUUACCACUUCAAGGUGUUUCAGGCCUGCUCAGAGGUUAUGACCCUGAUACAAGACAUUUCUGUGCCUGUGAUUGCCAUGGUGAAUGGGGUUGCCACAGCAGCAGGAUGCCAGCUUGUUGCCAGUUGUGACAUUGCCGUGGUGACGGAGAAGUCCACCUUCGCCACGCCAGGGGUCAACGUGGGUCUGUUCUGCUCAACACCAGCCGUGGCAAUAGGAAGAGCUGUCCCCAAGAAGGUUGCCAUGGAGAUGCUGUUCACAGGAAGCCCGAUCUCGGCUCAGGAUGCUUUGCUGCACGGGCUGGUCAGUAAGGUGGUUCCUGAGGAGCGUCUAGAGGAGGAGACGUUAGCCAUCGCACGGCGGGUCUGUCAGGCCAGUCGGCCCGUUGUAGCCCUUGGCAAGGCCACCUUCCACAGACAGAUGGCCCAGGGUCGGGAUGCGGCCUACGCUAUAGCCUCUCGUGUCAUGGUGGAUAACCUGGCUCUCAGAGACGGACAGGAGGGGAUACGGGCCUUCAUAGAGAAACGGAAGCCUGUGUGGACAAACAAAGCAGAGAAGGCCCAUGAUGAGUGAUAUCUGCUGGGCUGGCCUACCGUGGCCUGUAAAGGGUCAGCAGCCUCUGGGCUGGAGAGGGAGCCUGUGGAUGGUUGAGGUGUUAAACUUGCCCCCAGUUGGACCUGAACCCAUCACAGAACACAGAAGUGCUCGAGGAGGACAUUUUGAAAUUAAAUCCGUUGAUUGUUGUCGUGAUCAGAUGAAGGGAUACUGCAGGGCUGUCUUCAUGUUUGCCCUUAGGAGGGGGUGAGGUGAAGGUUUUAGGAAAGGUAGAUACUUGAGAUGCACCAAUGGUCAAGGGACUCACAGAGGACAUAGAUUGGGCACUUCUUGUGACAGAAUGUAAAUGUUUAAAGGGGCAUUCUGCAGUUGAAACAAUUACAAAGCUGUUACUGAUUUCGUAAAAAGCUGAUGGGAUGGGACUGGAGAAAUGUAACUACUCUAAAAUUCAUAGACAGAGCUAUGGAUGCAAGGACUGACCAUCCAUGAGAUACAAAUGAUAUGUUUUGAGGCUAUACAUCGUUUACAAAGGUGUAAAACAAGCUUAUAUUUGUAUUUCUGAUGGGGUAAUAAGUCAUGAACUUAAGCUCAUGAGGAAUGUAUUAAGUUUUAUUCUUCAAAAAUCAAUGGGUAUAUAAAGUGCAUUCGGAAAGUAUUCUCCUUGACUUUUUCCAAAUUUUGUUACGUUAUAGCCUUAUUCUAAAAUGGAUUUAAAAAGUCUUCCCCCUCAAUCUACACACAAUAACACAUAAUGACAAAGAAAAACAGGUUAUAUUUUUUUGCAAAUGUAUAAUAAAAAAAGAAAAGAAUUAUGACAUUUACAUAAGUAUUUAGACCUUUUACUCAACUUUAUUGAAGCACCAUUAGCUGCGAUUACAGUCUCAAGUCUUCUUGGGCAUGACGCUACAAGCUUAGUGUAACAGAUGUAUAUUGUACUCUCCUUGCGUUGUGUUUUCUCCAAGUAAAUCACAUCAGCCAGUG